AUGCCUCUAUGCAACGGCUUCAAACUCGAAGAAGCGUCCAUUGACGAGCUGCAAGAAGUAAUGUCGAGUGGCAGAUUGACCGCCGUUCAAAUAGUGUCCUGUUAUGUACAGAGAAUCCAACAGACAGAUAAAUAUCUCAGAGCAAUCAUGGAGCUUAAUCCCGACCUAUUCGAUAUAGCAGCUUCUCUAGACUACGAACGAAAGCAAGGACAUGUUCGCGGGCCACUUCAUGGCAUUCCCUUCCUUGUCAAAGACAAUAUAGCCACGAAGGACAAGAUGGAAACCACUGCUGGUUCGUGGGCGUUACUUGGCUCAAUCGUACCACGAGAUGCGUUCGUGGUGCACAAGUUACGAGAAGCUGGGGCGAUAUUGAUGGGGCAUGCUACCAUGACAAGUUCUGGCAGUGGAGUUGCUGUGACUGCAAAUAUGGUCCCAUUUACUUUGGGUACAGAGACCGAUGGUAGUAUCACCAGUCCAGCAGAUAGGAAUGCAUUAGUAGGUGUCAAGCCUACUAUUGGCUUAACAAGUCGUGAUGGUACAAUACCCGAGUCUCACAACCUCGAUACAAUUGGGUGCUUGGCUAAAACUGUUCGAGAUGCUACCUAUUGCUUAGAUGCCAUCUAUGGUCCAGAUAUCCGCGACAACUACACUUUGGCCCAGGAAACCCCGAUUAACGGCUACACUCCUUUCCUUAGUACAGCAGUAGCUCUCAAGAAUGCCACAUUUGGCAUUCCAUGGCUCUCGUUCUGGCAAUACGCUUCUCCAUUCCAGCAAUCUCAUCUCCUUAACUUCAUCUCCUUGAUUCAAGAAGCAGGUGCCACCAUUGUGAACAACACCGAGCUGCCUUCUCGCUCCCGCAUUGUUCCUUCUUACGGCUGGGACUGGGACUAUGGUAUCGUCCGGGGAUAUCCUAAUGAAUCUGAGUAUACAGUCGUAAAAGUGGAUUUCUACAACGACAUUGCCCGAUAUCUGUCCGAGCUUAACAAUACCGAUACUCGCUCACUGGAAGAUAUCGUUCGAUACAACAUUGAAAAUGUGGGCUCCGAAGGUGGUAUCCCGACUUUGCAUCCAGCAUUUGAGUCUGGACAAGAUAGCUUUCUAGCGUCACUGGCAACGAAAGGAAUCAUGGACGAAACAUAUUGGCAAGCACUUUCAUUCGUCCGUCGUACGUCGAGGGAAGAUGGGAUAGAUGCCGCUUUAUACAAUAAGGGCAACGUCCUCGAUGCAUUGCUUGUACCUUUUGAUGUAAGUCAAGCUUGCAGUGUUGCUGCUCAGGCCGGGUAUCCUAUGAUUACUAUUCCAGCUGGGGUGGAUCAAGCGAGUGGAAUGCCAUUCGGAAUGGCAUUGAUGGGUACGGCGUGGAGCGAGGGAAGUUUGGUGAGGUGGGCGAGUUCCUCGGAGGAUUUGGCGAAAGGAACGCAAUUUGGAAGGGAAAGUGAGUGGAUGAGACCAAAAUGGUGGGGUUACAGGAGGAGGAACGUGCCGGUAGAGAAUAUUUAG